CCAGCAUUUUAAUUGGUCACAGUCACACAAGCUGCUGCACACAAAUAAACGAUGCUAAAAGAGCUCAGAAUAAAUGUCAGGACCUAGUUAAGCAUGUUAAUAAGGUGUUACAAAGAUACAAUGGCUUGUAUAGAGUGAAGAACAGGAAAAGUGAUCCUCUGGGCCAGCACUAAUGCUUUCUAAAUUGCAUGUUGAUGUGUAGCGCUGGAGCAGAGUAGGAAAAGCUGCUUUGCUUCUUGCUGUUGAGGUGACUUCUUGUCCGAUCUCAGGCCAUCCGGUUGCCCAUGUCUUUGCCAAGCUUUCACUCCUCAGGCUGGAAUUUUCAAUGGCAAGUGUUGGCCCCCUGUCUGAGCAAUUGUAAAGUUCCUUAACCCAAAUAGCAGGAGGCUUUCUAAAACAAGACUGGGAAAAACUGGUGUGUCUUCCUGUGCUUGAAGUCCUUUCAGUUGUGUGACUGGGUUGUGCUAGUUCCUGCUUCCCCUCAUGGGCCUUGGAAAGGUGCCUGUAAAUUUGGAGGAAGUGUUUCUUUAAAUUUUUCAUGUCUGGGAAAGCUGGGUCAGUUUUAAAGUUGUGAAAGAUUGUCUUCUGAACCACAUAGAGUGUGACCUUGCCAUCCUGUUCCUAGUGCUGUGUUUAGGUGAAUCUAGGAUGAUGGGGCAAAGCAAUAGAAAACAUGGAAGCAAAUAAUAAACAUGGACCAGAAGUUUGUAGAUGAAGGCUUAAGCAUCAGAAUGGGGAUAGAUUAUGACUUGACCACCUUAAUCCUCAUAUUUCUUAAUAUCUGGAUACUUGUCUUGCAGCCUGAGCAGUUUCUUUCAUGUCUAAGAAAAUUCUGAGAAACCAUUUGAAGGUAGUUUUCACAGGGACUUCAGAAUAUCCUUUGCAACACAGAUGAGUGCAAUGUUUAUUGGGAAGCUUCUGAGGAUCGGGGGAUGUAUGGCUAGGUGAGAAAUCAGAUAAAUGUGUUGAACUAGGUUAAACAGUGCUGUGUACUGCAGUUAGUUGGAUGGAAACACAUAUCUAACGAUUCAUGAGGUUUUAUGCAGUACAACUGGCUAUUGGCCAAAAGUUGCCUUGAUCUCUGAAAAAUAACUGCCUUCCUUUUGCUACCAAAGUGAAUCAAUUAUAUUAUGCAGUGUCAUGAGCUGACAAUGAGACUGGAAAAUUGAAUAGAAACAGCAGGCAAUUCACUGCAUUUGUAGUCUGAGCCUUGCUAAAUAUGAUUUUGAUUAGAGCAGGACUUGUGAGCUCUGGCUGGGAACUUGCUCCCUUGUGGCCAGAAACUGUUACAAAUGCACGAAAAUGAUGCUUCUCCAGGACAGGCAGUGACAUUCCUUGUCCUACUCUUACCAUAUCUGGCAGCAGAGAUUUUUAAACAGAACGGAAAGGAGUCUUAAAGUCUUCUGUUGACUUAAUGCAAACUAUUUUAGUUUAGUUCCUGCCUUAAAUCUGUAAAUUCUGGUUGACGCACAGUGUGUUUUAGCAGUCUUGCUUCAAAGUUUUAAGCAACUGGCAGACUCACCAUGUUCCUAGGUGAGUUGUUUCAAACAAGAAAAGGUAAUUUCUUUUGUGGUGGUUUUGUGUUUGUUUGGUUGGUUUUUUUAACUUGAAUUUGCCAUGAUUUGAAUUUCCAAUAAUUUAAUCUGAAUGUCUUUUUCUAACAGGUGUAGCAACUAAUUACUCUUAGAAGUAUUUUUGUUUUGGAGAUCUGUGUUCAGAGGGAAUAAGGUACUUCAGACUUUACCUUAUCUAAAAUUUUUUUCCACUCUAAUGUAGUAUAGUGGGGUUUGGGGUUUUUGUUGCUCUUGUUUUCUUUGUGGUUUUUUUUCACUCUGUCAUUAUGUUUUUUUGAACAACACAAAAAGCUAAAUUGGACAAAGCAUUUUGACAAGUUCACCUUGAACUUCAUUCAGGGAUAGUGUCACCUCCGAAUUAUUUUUUUAAGUGUUUCAGUUCUUCCAGAGGGCACAUUUGCACAGUACUAGGUCGUAAGUCCGGACUUACAAAGUCAGGGUGAGAAAUGGAAGCCGGUGGGUAGAUGUGCCCAUUCUGCCCAAUUAUUUAAUUUUAGAAGUAUCUAAUGAGGAAAUCAGUAAAGAAGAGGUGCAUGGAAAAAGCAGAAUAACAGGAAUCUAAUUCUACUAGUAAGUGUUCUUCUGGCCCCUACCAAUUUUGGGAGGAAGCUGGGCUCACCACCCACUAAGCACUUUGAAUAUCGUCUCUUUGACCUGUCUGGUUUUUUUGGUUUGUGUUUUUUGGUUUGGUUUUGUUUUUUUUUUUUUGCAAGGACUGUUGGUCACUGAAAAUGGAGGAAACAAGGAAGUUUUCCCCAAAGCCAAGUAAAAGCAAAGAGCCUGUGAAAACAGAAUGGGGAUCUCAGAGCGUGGUGUUCACCUAUUUCCAAGGGGACAUUAACAGCAUGGUAGAUCAACAUUUUUCUAGAGCUCUUGGCAAUGCCAAGAACCCCCAAGACCUGAGCACAAAGCACAAGGGUGAGAUGGUUGUCCUGAAAAAUGUAGACAGAAUGUCUCCCCAUCAGUGGAAUUUCUCUUCACAUUGCUACAAACCAUAUCCAUCAUCUUCUUCAACAAGCAUGGCAAAUUCUGCUCUGCAUUUUUCUGCUGCUGGUGUGGUAGGCCAGUGCCAGCCAUCAUCUCUGCGAAGCCAUCCAGCUCAACCUGCAGAUUUAUGGCCCUUCACUCCAACUGGGACUCCCAGCAUCACGGGCUCAGUUUAUCCUCACACCCUCCCUGACCUGCAUGCAGCUGAUGAGCUGAUCUCUGACAGGAAAUACAGUUCUCUUCUUGGCCUUCUGCAACAGGAAAGGUGCUUAACAUCCAUGCAAGAAUGCAUCAUGAAGCAACACUCAAGUUCUGCUUGUAUGACUGGACCUGCGAGAUUACAAAAUGGGGGUCAAAGUUCAGCUCCUGAGGGAGAGAGGAAAGCAAGCUCUUACCAAGGCUCAGAAAAUCCCAGUGUAAGCCAUGCCACUACAGGUAUUCAGAUUCGUGACAGAAGACGAGAUUUGUACUUCUAGCAACUGAAUGUUUCUAUUGUGUUCUGAAAGAGAAAGUUAUUUCUGUGAACUUUUAUCAUUUGCAACUGUGAAUCAAGAAGAAAUGAACUGCAGCUAUCCUGUGGUUUUUUUCCUCUCAGCUGGAAGAAUGCAUGUACUAUUUAUGUUUGGGGAAGGACAAAAUAACCCUUUUCUAUACAGUAAAUAGUUUCUAAUGUUUGUGGUAUUAGCCUGGCAGUACUUUUCUUGUGCCAAUACAUUGUCUAUUUAAGGCUUUUCAUGCAGCUUUCUUGAAAGGACUCCUGCACUUUUUAAUCUUUCUGUGUUUAUUAAUUUACCACUUCCUGAUAAGAAGCACAAUUCUUAUCAAUGCAGCUGAUAACCUCUAAGUGCAGGGAUGCAGUUAGCAUAAAUUCAGUGCUGCAACUUCUUAGCUUGAUUUGAUAUCUUCAUAUUGUUUAAAAUAGUCUUAGGCCACUGGCAAGAGCCUUCAACCACAGGCCAGCAAAGCACAUUAUUGUAUUUAUGUUUGUAAAAUGCAACAAUUUGUGACCAUGCUUGCAAUUGCUAGGGAUACUCUUCAGAAGUUAUAUAAUAUACUUAUGCCUGAAGGCUCUUUUUUGCCCUCUCACUAAUGUAUAAUCAUCAUCUAGAAAGCAGUGAAUUCACAGUAGCUCUGAGAGGAAACCCAGAUUCUCAUUGGGUGCAAUUAAAAUACCAUUCAGCAAAAAGCUGCAGGUAGGAGUGUUCUAUUUUCCCACCCUCCCUGCAGGUGUAAAAGAUGCUUUUUGUAAAUAAGCCCUGUAGGAUUGUUUUUUCCUUCUCCAUUGGUUAUACAUUAACAUGAUAUAAAGGAACAUGAUUAGCUUUUUCUGACAGCUCUAUGCAGUUGCUAAAGGCAAUUUGACCUCUGAGAUUCACAGAGCUUGUGAUUUUAUAAAGCAAACCCUGAGCUAGUAUAAAUGUUUGUUGUACCAGAUCUUUCUGCUGCCACUGCUCCAGUUAUAACACCUUGUGUAAUUUUAUAAAUAAUAUGAGUUUAGCAACAUCAGAUGU